AUGGAAAACAGUGUUCCUGGGAAACAUUUAAGACAUCAGGCUGCUGGUCAUGAUGGGACAUUGACUGAUGAUGAGGAGUUGUUAGUGUUUAAGCCUUGUGCGGCUCAAGAAUUAGCCUUUUAUAAGCAAGUUCAAGAAUCCUAUGUAGUACAGACACCGGCAAAUUUAGAGAAAGUAAAUUCCAUCUUAGAGGGAGGAGAUGUACCGUUCCAUUAUUGGAUUCCGAGUUUUUUAGGAGUAUUGGAACAGGGGACGCAUACCGUACCAGAUGAUAAUUCAUAUGUAUAUUCUCAAGAAUCUUUACCAAUUACUGAGAGUAGUACACCAGAUAGUAUAUCGUUUGAGACACGUACGAAUAGUAGUACACCAAUGAAUAUUCCUAUUGAUAUACAAUCAGUGUCUAGGUCUGGUACGUUAACUGGUUCGAACAAUGAUACGAAAAGUUAUAUUGUAUUAGAAAAUCUGUUGAAAGGAUAUUCUAAACCCAAUAUCAUGGAUAUUAAAUUAGGUAAAAUAUUAUAUGAUUCUACUACUGCUUCCACGGAGAAAAUGGAACGAUUGGCAGAUGUUUCUGCAAAUACUACGUCUGGUAGUUUAUCAUUUCGAAUUUGUGGGAUGAUAUUGGAUAAAAAUAACAAUUUAUUACAAGAAUUUAUCUCUAACGAAGGGAAUUCUGAAUAUUUUACAAUCGAAGAAGAUUAUGUGCUUUUGAAUAAAUUAUUUGGUAGAUCAAGAGAUGAAUCCAAUAUUUUACAUGCAAUAAAUUUAUUUUUCAAUAAUACUUCAUUAUCUACAGAGAGACAACAAUAUCUAAAAGAGACUUUUUUGAAAAGAUUGAGUUUAUUAUAUAAUACAUUAUUAGAUACCCCAGUAAGAAUGAUCUCAUCGAGUCUUUUGUAUAUUUAUGACAGUGAUUCAAAACGAUGGGAUCUCUUGAAUGAUGAGGAUUCGAUUGUUAGAAACAAUUUCCUUGGUUCAAGAAUAGAUUCUGAUAACAGUGAUGAUGAUGAUAAUGAUGAUGAUGGUGAUAAUGGUGAUGAUGAUGAUGAUGAAAAUGGUAAUAAUAAUAACAGUAACCAAUGUUUAAGUUCUUUAUCGUUGAUAGAUUUUGCUCAUUCUAAAUUUGUAGCAAAAGAAUUGGGGUGUGAUGAAAAUGUAAUUGUUGGAGUGGAGAAUUUGAUAGAGUUAUUUAAUAAUUUAUAA